UCCUGCAAGAUGAUGAGUUCUAAUCAGGAGGAGGUCACUUUGGGCGCUUUUCUCCAGUAUAUUGAAGAUAUGGGGAUGAAGGCCUAUGAUGGCUUGGUUAUACAGAAUGCAUCAGACAUUGCUCGAGAGAAUGAUCGUAUGAGGAAUGAAACAAACCUGGCUUACUUGAAAGAAAAGAGUGAAAAACGCCGAAAACAAGAAGAAGCAAUAAAACGCAUAGGUGGAGAAGUAGCAAGAGGAAAUGAAGGCAGCUACGUGGGGAAACAUUUCCGCAUGGGAUUUAUGACAAUGCCUGCUCCUCAGGACAGACUGCCACACCCCUGCUCCAGUGGCUUCACUGUCAGAUCCCAGUCUCUUCAUUCAGUUGGAGGAACUGAUGAUGAAAGCAGCAGCUCUAGAAAGCAGCCACCUCCAAAACCGAAGCGAGACCCCAACACCAAACUGAGCACCUCGUCUGAAACAGUCAACACUGGAACAACAAGCAAAAGUGGGAAACUACCAGACAGGACUGAAGUGUCAGCCAAACCAAGACCUCACAGUGAUGAGUACACAAAGAAGAUUCCACCUCCUAAGCCGAAACGAAACCCAAACACUCAGCUAAGCACAUCUUUUGAUGAAACAUAUAUCAAAAAGCAUGGCCCUAUGAAGACAACCCUCACUAGGGAUGCCUCGCUCUCGCAGGUCAGCAGCCCUGCUCCAGACACAGAGGAAGAAGAGCCUGUUUAUAUUGAAAUGGUUGGGAAUAUUCUCAGAGACUUCAAAAAAGAUGAGGAUGACCAAAGUGAAGCAGUCUAUGAGGAGAUGAAAUACCCUAUAUUUGAUGAUGUAGGCCAAGAUUCAAAGUGUCAGUGUGAAUAUGACCAUCACACUUGUUCUUCUCAGUGUGCUACUCCCACAGUGCCUGACCUAGAUUUCACCAAGUCUUCAGUGCCAUCUACUCCCAAGGGCUUGCUUUGUGACAUACCCCCGCCAUUUCCAAACCUGCUUUCUCACAGACCUCCACUGCUGGUGUUCCCACCAGCACCAGUGCAGUGUUCCCCAAAUUCUGACGAGUCUCCUCUAACUCCAUUAGAAGUCACAAAGCUUCCCGUCUUAGAAAAUGUGUCUUACAUCAAACAGCAAGCUGGAGCUUCUCCAUCUUCACUGCCACCUCAUACACCAGGCCAUCAAAAACUGGAGAAAGACCAGACAGUAUCUCAUGGAACUAGCACCCCUGGGCACACCUCCUCACCUCCUCAUCCUUCUACCUUAUACAGAACGCAGUCUCCACACGGUUAUCCUAAAAGUCACUCUGCCUCACCUUCUCCUGUCAGUAUGGGUAGGUCUCUUACCCCCUUAAGCCUCAAAAGACCUCCACCUUAUGACUCUGUACAUUCAGGAAGUCUCUCAAGAAGCUCUCCAUCAGUGCCUCAUUCUACAGCCAGAAACACAUUGCAAGAAGGAGGGAAGAUGGUCAGUGUGUCGGUCAGCACCUACGGGUCAUCAUCUCAGAGCAGUUCCCGCUCUCGCACACCCACCAGUCCUCUGGAGGAACUGACCAGCCUCUUCACCUCAGGACGAAGUCUCCUGAGGAAAUCGUCCAGUGGCAGAAGAUCUAAGGAACCUGCAGAAAAACCACUAGAUGAGCUGAAGAUCAGAAGUCACAGCACUGAACCACUACCAAAGCUGGAAAACAAAGAGAGAGGACAUCAUGGGACAGCUUCCUCCAGGGAGCCAGGGAAAGCUCAGGAAUGGGAUGGAACUCCAGGCCCCCCUGUGGUGUCCAGCAGGCUGGGGAGAUCCUCUGUCAGCCCAACCAUGCUGGCUGGAGGCAACAGCUCAGAGUCUAAAUCCAGUUGCCGGUUGGGCCGGUCCGCGUCCACAUCAGGAGUGCCUCCUCCGUCGGUGGCGCCGCUCAGGCAGCCCGGCGACCUCCAGCCGAGCCAGGUGACGUGCAUGCAGUGGUUGCAAGGGGACCAUACAAUGCUGGACAUGAUUGAAAAAAAGCGUUGCCUCUGCAAAGAGAUAAAAGCUCGACAGAAAUCAGAGAAAGGACUCUGCAAACAGGACAGCAUGCCUAUUUUGCCGAGUUGGAAAAAGAAUGCUGGGACCAAGAAAUACAGCCCUCCUCCUUAUUCCAAACAACAAACUGUUUUCUGGGACACUGCAAUUUGACAGGCCUGUGGAGG